GGGGGCAACAUUAGGAGUUGAGUUGGACCUAUCAGGGGUAUUUCCCUGCAGAUUUUGAACUGCAAGCUUGAAUCGCUCAGACGUGAAACUGAACCUUGUUGACAAGCUUGACUCCGGCUCCUGUUCUUUUGUGACACUAUUCGACGAAGGGACAGUGCAUGGUGUAACAGCUGCUGCGACAUCUUUAUUCUUGAUACGGAACCCUGGUGAUCGACAUCUGGGAUCAAGAAUUUCUUGAGGGAUUGAAAUGCUAGCAGGGACAGAUCCAGACCUUGAUGCCAUGGACAUCGAUCUUUGUGGUGGAAAUGGUGAUGCUGUUGCUGUUGCUGCUGCUGAUUGAGUUCUUUGAAUCGGCAUGGACCUUGACCUUUGCAGAAAAGCUCUUGGAGUCUCUUCAUCUCGGCAGUAAACUUGCUCUGCAUACCACUCACCACAGACAUAGCAAGGGGCCAUUCCUGAAUGGUCCUCUACUUUUCCGUCAGCUUCGAGGAUCAACAAACAAAGCGGCAGGGUUGGCAAGCUGGCUUGGGCUGGAUGUAGUACACGAUGGCAAUGCAAGUAUACAUGUAGAGGGUGGUCAUGCAGCAUGCACUGUUCAGACGCAACUCUAUCAUUAUCCAAACUAUUGA